AUGAAGCAAACUGGAACCUUCUUUUCUAAUGAUGCUAUGAGUUUUAAAGUAAUUGCAAAAAGAGCUUUUCAACAAUAUUAUAAUGGUGAAGGAUUAGAAGGCAGUUAGUUUUGGAAUUCAAGAGAAGAAUUAGAAAGGACAAUGUAAGAUUAUCUAGGGUUUUUUGAUUCAGAAAAUGAGGCUUACGAUGAUGAAUAUUGA